AUGGACUGUGGGACGCUGAGUACUCGAAACUUCCUGAGCCCCGCGGUGGCUGGCUUGGCUGAUGAGGCCGUCUCAGCCCUGGUUCUGCGGAGCCUGCCUCGGAGCGCCCCCCGCUGGGCCCUCCCAGAACCUUCCAGGGUCCCUGGGGAGAAGAAGCCAGAGGAUAAGGAGAAUGAGGCUAAAAACGUGGGCACGUCUAAGGAGCCGGCUCCAGCCUCAAGCCCAGCCUCCCCACCAGCAUCAGCUCCACCUCCAGACCCAAACCCUGCACCAGUCCAGGGUCCCGGCCCUACACCUGCACCAGCCCCAGCUCAAGCCCCUACACCUGCACCAGCCCCAGCUCAAGCCCCUACACCUGCACCAGCCCCAGCUCAAGCCCCUACAGUUGCGCCAGCCCCAGCUCAAGGCCCUACACCUACGCCAGCUCCAGCUCCAGCUCCAGGCGCUACACCUGCAGGCGAACCCGGAAAAGAAGGGGAAGAAAUGCCUCCUCCUGAGCCCCGACCCGUCGUAAUCAACCAGUACUCAGACGAGCAGCUCCUGGCCAUCGUCAAGAAGAUGAGGGAGAGAACGGAGCACUACAAGGAGAAGGUGUUGGACCAGUAUGCUUCCUCCCCCGAGAUCACUCCGCCUGUUACACCGUUGCUCGGCAAGGACCGCUACGCCCGAGUGAUGGAGGAGAGGACGAGGCAGGCGGAGGAGGACCGCAUCGUGAAGGAGGAGGUGGACAAGAAGAAGAAAGAGGAACAGGAGCAGAAGAAGAAGGAGGCCGACCAGAAGAAGAAGGAGACGGAGGAGCAGAAGAAGGAGGAGAUGGCAGCGCUGGCGCUGGAGAAGCAGAAGGAGAAGAAGAAGCUGGCCGAGGUGGCGCUCGCCUCGGUGGACGCCGUGCUGAGGCCAUUGGAGGAGGCCAUGGACUCUGUGCUGGGACACACCAUCGACCCCUUCACAGACCGGGUGUACAUCGCGUGGCUCAGCCUGGUGACGCUGGCCUUCAACUACAACCUCUGGUUCUCCACGGCCCGCCUCUGCUUCCCCUACCACACGGCCGAGGCCAUCCCCUACUGGUUCCUGCUGGACUCGCUGGCCGACCUGGUCUACCUGGUGGACUGCCUCCUCUUCCAGCCGCGCAAGCAGUUUGUCAAGGGCGGCGACGUCAUAAAAGACAGGCUGUUAACCAAGAAGAACUACAGGAACACUGAGCGCUUUAAGACGGACAUGAUGUGUCUCAUACCUUUUGAUCUGUUGUACAUGCAAUUUGGCUUCAAAUCCAUCUUCAGAGCAAAUCGCCUGCUAAAGGCAGAGACGUUCUUUGAGUUCAGUGAUCGUUUGGAGAGCCUGAUGACCAAAGCCUACAUCUGGAGAGUGAUUCGGACCAUUGGCUACCUUCUCUUCAUGCUCCACAUCAACGCAUGCUUCUACUACGUGGCUUCAGAUUACCAGGGCAUCGGCCAGACCAAGUGGGUCUACUCUGGCAAGGGGAGCGCGUACCUGCGUUGUUUCUACCACGCGGUCCGCAGUCUCAUCAACAUCGGGGGUCUUAGCGAGCCCCACACAGUCUUUGAGAUUACCUUUCAGAUGCUUAACUUUUUCAUCGGCGUCUUUGUAUUCUCCAGUCUGAUUGGCCAGAUGAGGGAUGUGAUAGGCGCUGCCACCACAGGACAGACCUACUUCCGGACCUCCAUGGACAACACCGUGUCCUACAUGGUGAACAACAACAUACCCGCUUUGGUGCAGAACCGCAUCCGUACCUGGUACACGUACACCUGGGACGCCCAGGGCAUGCUGGAUGAGUCCGAGCUGCUGGACAAGAUGCCCCUGGUAAUGAGAACUGCCAUCGCUGUGGACAUCAACUUGGCCACCUUCCAGAAGAUCGCUCUGUUUCAGGGCUGUGACCAGCAGAUGCUGUUGGACAUGUUGCUGAGGCUAAAAUCCAUCAUCUAUCUUCCGGGCGACUUCGUGGUGAAGAAGGGGGACAUCGGUAAAGAGAUGUACAUCAUCAAAAGUGGAGCGGUGCAGGUGGUGGGAGGACCGGACAACAGCAUAGUGUUUGUCACGCUGAAGGCCGGCUGUGUCUUUGGAGAAAUCAGUCUGCUGCAGUCUUCCAAAGAUGGCGGUAACCGGAGAACGGCUAACGUGAAAGCUCACGGCUUUGCCAACCUCUUCGUCCUGGAGAAGAAGGAUCUGUUUGACAUCCUGGUGCACUACCCAGAGUCCCAGAAGGUGCUGGCCAGGAAGGGAAAGAAACUAAUGAAGGCCAAAGGUCCGGCGGCCAAGAUAGAAGAACAGAAGAAGACGGGUCUGGCACUCUUCGGACCCAAACCCCCCACUCCCAAACUCCUGCGCGCUUUUGGUGGGAACUUCAACAAGCUACUAAAACUCAAGAACGCGGCUUCAUAACGUGGAAUCCGAGGCCAUACGUUUUUUGUACUUUCUUAUUCUUUGUU